ACGUGGGGAAGGCACACCGGGGAAUAUCAUUACUUAAAUCUGCAAAUAUCUUUAGGGGAAACGACGUAGGUUGCGAAUAUCAGAUGUGAAACUCUCGUUUGUUUCCCAUUAACUUUAUCACUUUAUCACUUCGUCCAUUCUUGUUUGCUUCUGCUGUCACUCGUUUUCGAUGUUUCCUCCAACGCUUCAGCUCUCUGACCCGAUCUAUCCCAAUAUUUCAAACACCUAAGCCAUUCGUACCUAGGUACCUAGUAGCUAUGAUAUUGCGACGACGCAUCUUUCUUCCGCUCGGUAUCGCUGCGGCGCUUCUUUUAUUCUAUUGUUCCGGAACAACCCCAGAUAUCUAUAGUUGGGCUGGCACUGGAAGGUCGACCAAAAGACCUCAUUUUGAUAAGAAUGUCAUCGACGAUGAAGGUUAUUUCUGGAGGAGAUUGCCCACGCAUUAUCCUGUCAAGGAUAUGAAGCCUUUACCGAUAGGCAAACCACAUAAGCUCCCCAAGAUUCAGACUACCUUCGGUAAAGAAUCUCGAAAAGAUGCGGCCAUCCGAAAACAGCGACAGGAAGCCGUUAAAAAAGCGUUCAUCCGCUGCUGGGAUUCUUAUAAAGCCAAUGCGUUUAUGAGCGAUGAACUUGCCCCUAUUAGUGGUAAAUCCAAAGACACAUUCGGGGGUUGGGGAGCCACCUUGGUCGACAGCUUGGAUACAUUAUGGAUCAUGUCCUUGCGGGAAGAGUUCGAAGAAGCUGUUGCUGCCGCGGUCGAGAUCAAUUUUACUAUUAGUUCACUCGAAACUGUGAAUGCUUUCGAGACUACGAUCCGCUACCUUGGAGGGUUUCUUUCGGCUUAUGAUUUGAGCGGCGACCAGCGAUUACUUCGUAAGGCUAGAGAGGUCGGCGAUAUGCUUUAUAAGGUAUUUGAUACGCCAAACCGCAUGCCCAUAACUCGUUGGGAUUUUGACUAUGCCUCUCAAGGAGGACAACAAGUCGCGAAUGAAGCGGCACUUCUGGCAGAAGUUGGAUCAUUCUGCAUGGAGUUUACGCGUCUAUCAUUGAUUACCGGCGACCCGAAAUGGUUUGAUGCUGCCGAAAGAAUCAGAGAGGUUUUUGAAGAACAGCAAAGUAGCACACAGUUGCCCGGCAUGUGGCCAUUUACACUUAAUCCCCGAGAGAAACAAUUCAACUUCGACAACACGUUCGGGCUAGGCGCUUUAGCAGAUAGCACCUAUGAAUAUCUGCCUAAGAUGCAUGCUCUCGUGGGCGGACUUCUACCUUCUUACCAGAAUAUGUACGAGGAGUCGAUGAAGACUACUAUUAAGCACAACUUCUUCAGACCUAUGGUGCCAGACACGGCCGACAUACUAAUAUCGGGAACCCUGCAUACUGUGAAGGAAGGCGAUAAAAUGACAUUGGAUUUUGAACACCAAGGCCAGCAUCUGGUCUGCUUCGCGGGAGGAAUGCUAGCGGUUGGCGGGAAGUUGUUUGAGAAAUCUGAGCACCUCGAUGCAGCCAGAAAGCUUGUGGACGGUUGCAUAUGGGCUUAUGAAGCGAUGCCACUGGGAAUAAUGCCUGAAACAUUCUUCAUGGCCCCUUGUAAAUCAGCAACCGAGUGUGAAUGGGACGAGUCUCUGUGGAAGCGUGCCGUUUUACAUCAGGCAGGCGAGAAAGACCUAACAAAUAUGAAUAAGGCAGACGAGAUAAUUUCCAAGUCCCGACUCCCAAAAGGAUUUACGCAAAUCCCCGAAACAAAAUACAUAUUACGACCGGAGGCUAUAGAAAGCGUCUUCAUCUUGUAUCGGGCUACUGGUCGCCCAGAUCUUCUGGAAUCAGCCUGGGCUAUGUUUGAGGCAAUUCAGAAGAACACGAAGACCCAUUUGGCGAAUGCUGCUAUUAACGACGUGACUGUUAAUAGUAACCCGAAGAAGACGGACUCAAUGGAGAGUUUUUGGAUGGGCGAGACACUAAAAUAUUUCUAUUUAAUAUUCAGCGAACCGGAUCUAAUAAGCCUAGAUGAAUGGGUAUUUAAUACCGAGGCGCAUCCGUUUAGAAGAUUGAUUCGGUGAAUUGUCCCAAGGAUGAUGUAUUGACGUUCUCUUACAAUGAAAAUCGAGAUCUGACGGGGUUUAAAGGUAAUGGAUGGGAUGUUGGGCAGUUAUUCAGUUAGUUAGAAGAGAUACUACUGGCCUAUAGGCUCGAAGCUGCUUCAUGUUUGUGGCUGUGAGCCAGGCAGGUCAGCUACAUAGCCUGACAAUCUUAAUAUGAGAU